UUUUAUUUCCCAGUCUUUGCAGCUCAUUUUCUCUUAUCCCGACCUUCUUCUCCCCUUCCUUUCACUUUUGUGAGUCCGUCUUUCACAAUGCGUAACCCUUUCGCUGACUUCACGCCUUUGGAAAGGCGCAACCUUAUCAUCUAUAUGCUUGGCAUUAUGAUGUACAAAUUUGGCUUGGAAGCUUUCACUGGCUCUAUCACUCUCUUAGCUACAGAACGUUUCGACCAAGAAGGUGGUACUUUCACCAAGUUGGGUAUUCUUCAGGGUCUUAACCAGGCCUUCCAGUGUGUUGGCUCAAUUGCUAUUGCUCCUUUGAUCAAGCGCUUCCCCACUCGUUCAGUUCUCGCCGCUUCCAUCUUUGGUUUCGGUGUUCUCUCUGCACUCAUUGUUAUUAUCGAUGCUUCAACUGGAGGCAAGACCCCUAUCGGCAAGGACCAGCGCUUUGGUGACUGGAACUCAGCUAUUCUGUUCCCUAUUUAUGGUAUCAUUGGUAUUUUCCACGGUAUGGUCGAAUUGAUUCGCCGUGUCAUCCCUAAAGAUAUUGUUGGGGGUGAUGUUAUUAAGCUGAAGAAGAUGGACGCCACUGUCCACGUUUUUUAUGAGAUUGCUGGCACUUCUGGUGCUUUCUUCGCCACCUUCUUGGUCCUCAAGCUCGGUAAAGCUCUUGCACCAGCAAUGACUCCUUUCCUCUUUGUCCUUGCUGCAAUCACUUGGAUGUUCAUUGGUCUCUUGGACUCCGAUUCCCAGAACCGCAAGGCCCUUGCUGGUUUGGAGGAUUCAUCCAUACUUACUCAGAUUGGCCAUGGCUUUUCCCACUUUGCUCUCUCAAUGUAUCGCGGUGCCCAGAUUGUCUUCUCGUCCCGCAAGUUCAUCUGGCUCAUCCCCGGUUAUUCCAUCCCCUUGUUCACUCACCGCUACCUCGAAUCUCAGUUAUCGCCUGCAUUUGCUAAGAAGAUCUUGAAAGAGAGUGCUUAUUCUCAGAUUAUGGUCGGUGGUUCUAAUUUUGGUGAGCUGCUCGGAGCUCUCUUCGUCCUAUUCUUUGCUGGCAAGGUCAAGACUCCUCUCCCCUGGUUGCGACUUGAUGCUCUCGGUCUCCUGAUCAUUUGGAUCUUACCUUACUCUUACCCCGAUCCCGAAAAGGCUCUCUCCUUUGCCUGGACAUUGGCUGCUAUCUGGAUUCCAGUCUCGUUCGGUUGGGCUGCUGGUGAUGUCUCUCUCGCUGCUUACAUCCAAUCUGCUUUGGCAAGGAUUGAGCGCCCUGAUGACAAAGUCUCACCUUUGGGAGCUGUCAUGGCUUUCUUGUAUGUCUUCUAUAUUGUCUUGUACGCCAUAUUGGGCUCCGUUCUCGGUCAAGUUAUCGAUAAGGCCGAUAAUAAGGGUAAGGGCGAUAUUCGUCCUGCUCUUGUCUGGGUCGGUGGUGUCAUGUAUACCGUUGUAUGCGUCGUUCUCUUCCUUGCUACCUUCAUUCCUAAGGGCUCUUUUGCCUUAAACCCCGAUAUCAUUGAUGAUGUCGAGAUUCAUGAGGAAGACGAGUUCGCUGAUGACACCGCUGCCUACACCGAGGAAACCAAGAAGCAGCCCAGUGAGCUCAAGGCAUAAGACAGUAUUUGAUCUCCCCAUAGCAUAUAUACUUAAUUUCUGUAUUUUCAUACCAUACCCAUUCAAUCUUGUGAAUACCUUGUAAUGUCAUUAAAAAAAGCUUUAUUCAUCCAAAAUGUUCCUUUUAGAUUAGGAGUAGCAAUAGUCUAUGAUAAAAAUGAUGUCCCAC